AGACAGUCGGUCCGUCCGGUCAGCUGGUUCCGUCUAAUCGUGUUAGAAGCUUCCUGAUGGUAAGCCUAACCUGAAACACCUGAUAGAACCCGGUAAUAGAGCCUCGAUCAUCAAGGAUCGAAGAAAGAAACGGCGGCCCGCGCGCCGCAUGUGCGCGAGUGUACAGCUUCUCCACCGGAAACACCAACGACACGGUGCGAGGUACCAACUAAACCGAACGAUAGGAAGAAGUAGCGGAGGGAGCCGAAACAGAGGAAGAAGAUAGAAACGCGACAGGGACGGUGUACACCUGGUCAGGCAGGAAAUGACUAUAUCGUACGCGAGCGAAGUGCCAAACGGCUCCAGCUUCGGCUGCUUCUGGAGGAUCCUGGUCAAAUGGCGAGGCUCGGUAUACAAGCUAAUCUGGCGGGAAUUGUUGGCCUAUCUGUUCGUCUACUACCUCAUCAAUUUAACAUAUCGAUAUGCGCUGAACGAGCAGCAGCGGGUAAUCUUCGAAAAGAUAAGGUACUACUUCGGGAACUCGAGCGAAUCGAUACCGAUGUCGUUCGUGCUAGGAUUCUACGUGAGCCUGGUGGUGAAGCGAUGGUGGGAGCAAUACAAGCUGCUGCCCUGGCCCGACAAUCUGGCCCUGUUUAUCAGCGCAGCGAUUCCUGGUAACGACGAGAGGGGCAGACUGAUGAGGAGAAACAUCGUGAGAUACGCGGUGCUCGCGUAUGUCAUUACGCUGCAGAGGAUUUCGUUGCGCGUUAAGAGACGAUUUCCGACGCUUCAGCACAUCGUAGACGUUGGUCUAAUGAUGGAGUCUGAGAAGAAGAUCUUCGAGAUGAUGAACAAGAAGGCGGCCAUGUCCAAGUAUUGGAUGCCGUUAGUCUGGGCGACCAACAUCAUCAACAGGGCCAGGAGGGAGGCUCUGAUAACCAGCGACCAAGUAGUGCAAACCCUGCUCGUCGAGCUCAGCGACAUCCGGAAGAGGCUUGGCGCGCUCAUUGGUUACGACACUGUUUGCGUUCCUCUCGUUUACACUCAGGUAGUCACCUUAUCGUUGUACGCUUACUUCUUCUCCGCCCUGCUCGGCAGGCAGUUUAUCGAGCGCACCGACGUCGGAGGCGGAAAAUACGAGGAACCCGACAUGUAUUUCCCGUUCUUCACCGCUCUGCAGUUCUGCUUCUACGUGGGCUGGCUGAAAGUCGCCGAGGUGCUGAUCAAUCCAUUCGGCGAAGACGACGACGACAUCGAGUUGAAUUGGCUGAUAGAUCGUCACAUCAAGGCUGGAUACAUGAUCGUGGACGAAAUGCACGAGGAGCACCCGGAGCUGUUGAAGGAUCAAUACUGGGACGAGGUCGUGCCGAAAGAUCUACCGUACACCGUGGCCAGCGAGCAGUACCGGCGAGAGGAGCCAAAGGGUUCCGCCGAGCAUUAUAAGGUCAAAGACAGCGACGCUCUGUACGCGAACGUUAUGCUCGGCACACAGAUCCACAAUCACGUUCAACAUCGCAAGACCCACCAGGAUGACAUGUACGCCGAUUACGAGAGCGUGGAUACCCCGCUAGUGGAGCGAAGAAAGAAUUGGCUGCAACGACAGAUCACGAGGAUGGGCUCGGUGCGUAGCUCCUCGACUACCUACAGCAGCGGCGGCGGAUUCUUCUCGAGGAAUCGUCACAACAGCGUCUACAGCAGCCCCGAAACCGGCGGUCUGCCGCAAACGAACAAUCCGAACCUGAAGAUGUCCCUGUACGAUAGGCUAGUAGGGCGGAAGAGCAUAAGGAGUCAGAGAAUGGGUCGGCAAGGUACCAUGACGAAGCUGAACUCGGUGCCAGUUUCCUUGAAGAACCGACCCCGCAUCCCAACGCCGGACGUGACGAAAGAGGUGGUCGACCGUGAACAGAGAUUAGCUCUAUCAGCGACGAACGCGGCGAACAUCGGAGCAGGUGUCGUUGGGGUGAUACCAGCGAACGGUCAUUACCCAACGGACCUGCCAGUGGUGCAGGUGGUGCUAUCGCCGAUUCAAGAGACGGAAGGCACGCCUGCGACCGGGAAAUCUGGGGCGGCAGCCUUGGCGCAGGCUGUCCUCUCCCCGACUUUGACCAGCGCCGGUCUAGUCGCCCCUGUCACUCUGACACCGGUCACCAUGAGCCAGCUGACGCAACUGGGCCUGGUGACGACAACCUCCGCGCCCAUGAUCAAGCCCACGAAUCAAGCGAUCGGCGGCCAAGCCACCUUAACCGAGGUGAACAGCAGCGAGGAAGAGGGAUCGGGCAGUGGAAGCAGUAGGAGCGGCAGCAUUACGGGACAGGAAGAACGGUCCACGCCUUUAAUAAGCCAAGACAGGAGCACUCCUCUGAUAGGCGAGACGGCCAGCCAGCUCGGCAGCAACGGUAGUUCGCCAACCUUUGACAGCUACAACGAUCGCUCGCCUAUCCUCAUGAAUCCCGAGAAAUUGGGGUACGUGGUGGCCACGGUGCCAACGACACAGGACAAGACGGAUCCGCGUGGUAGGCGAUCAGCUUCGUUGCCGGGUCCACCGGUCGUGCAAUGCAGAGAAGACAGGAGUAUGUCCCUGCCACAGUCCCCGGGGCUGCAACCGAGGGAGAAUCGUGCAGCCUCGGUGUCGAACGGCCACGAGCCGCCUAACAUAGACAGGCUGAUGGUGCACGGUACUCAGGACAUUCGACCGAGGACUAACAGCAUCGGACACGAUCUCUGUAGACCGAAUCAUCGAGUCCAGGACACCUCGAGGAAGAUCAGCAGCGUGUCCUGUACGAACGCGACGUUGUCCAAUGGUAUAGGCACUACGCCUACCACGACGACCAGCAUAAUGCCAGCGACUGCUCCCGUGGCCGGUAGCAAGAGAGGAGAGGUCUACGUCUGACCUGAGACAUUAGGGACAAUGUCGCAAAAUUUUGAUCGAACCGCGGACGACUUUGGUCGUCUCGUGCGAUUCCAACAAGCGUCGCGCUUGCCUGAAAUCCGACUCCGUCCAUUAUCGUGAUGUCUCGGUGCGUUUCGCGCGCGGUGAGAGUAGGAAGCAAUUUUCGCGCGACAAGCGUGAACCGAUAAUGGGAUUUUUUAGCGAUCGAGCCGCAGGAGCCGAGAAACGCCUCGAACGAUCGUGCCACUUUGCUGUAAAUACGAUCUUAACUUAUGGACACCUCGACCGACGAGGUAGCUAAUUGCGACACGGGGAUUGCCACUGACGCAAGGUCCCCUCGAUCCGUAUCGUCCGUCGAUCGUUCCACGACCGUACCACUCGUGGGAAUCACAGCGACACGAUCGAAUUAGCCGAUUUCGACGCGUAGGAAUCGAGAAAACGCUUCUGUCCUUUUUAUCGUAUGUGCAAUAACGCGGUAUCGAGCUGACGACGCGUAAUCGACGUUGCGAAAGCCGCGCUCUCGCGUUUUUAGGUUAGGAACUAUACCGUCCAUGCGGCUGAUGGAGGGACAGCGUAGUAGACGUGGCCAACGCGUCGACACUCGUGCGACACUUCGACGCGAUACGCGAAUCAUUGUACCCUUGUUGUGCGUGCCUUACUUUGGCCGCGACGUAACAUUGUGAUACGAACAUUGCGUUUUCGCUACGAUUCGCGCAGAGGCGAAUUCGAAGGCAGAAGACGCGGAGAAAUCGAAUCUCGACGCUUGUAUAUAGCCGAUCGUCGCGAGACUCAACGUGACUCGUCGUUUUCGAUAUUUCUGCAGCCAGGUGGAGGAUUCUGUCCGCUUAUCUGCGCCGACUGCGUAUUUAUUCGAUGCAACUCGACGCUAUCGAUCCACCUGCUGUCGACCUGUUCGCGAAUGGCACGAGGCGCCUAGUCGGGUCCUAGGCUCUGUCGUGGGCUGGAAAAUGACGAGUGCAUAUACGCAUGUGCACGAACACGCAACGUUUGCCAUAUUUGCCAUACUCGGAGACACUUUGCGUAAAAUAUUGCGUGCAACUGGGAAUCGCGAUCCCUCGAUCGCAGCGGGCGACGUUGCGCCACGAUUCGCACCAUGUCGACUCACCGAUAUCGCCAGUUCGCCACGCGAUCUUCACCAUUUUAUUAUUCCAUAAUCGCUAGAGAUUCUUAAGCUAGGUUUUAUCCAUACGAGAGACUCUCGCGAACACGCGUGCGCGGCGAGCAAGUGCAGAACGGGAGAUAUUCGACGAGGAAAUUCGUAGAGGUGGAUCGUUACUUUGCAUUCCCGACCAAACUUUCCAUUUCGUUCCCUUUCCCUUUCCUUUUUCCCUCGUAAAAUGCACUUGCUUUUUCUUAGUCGCGUAUUCGAUCGUGCGCCUCUGGUGACGCGCGAGGCAGCUCAAGUCUUUUCUAUAAACUCGACGUUAGAUCGCUUAACUGUAAGUAACGAAAGAUUCCGUGUACAUGGAGUAUCGAUCUGGCCCCUGGGCCAACGGACGUGUACAUAGUAGAGCAAUUAAAUUAAGAUUGUUUGGUGUAUGAGAUUAUGAACAUGCUCAAUGCCAAUGCACGACGCGCGAUACUUGUGUGAAAUACUUGAUCGAUACAUGAUCGUCGAUGCGAACCGAGCAUCGUCUUUUGUUUUCUUCGUUAGUCGAUAAGGGUCGUAGUCCGAUGUGCAAAGUAUGUAAAUACGGGCGUAUCGAAUUGUUAUUCCAUUUCCUUCUCUUCUCUUCGUUUCCUUUUAUCUUUCUCUCCUCUCCUCCCUUCGACGACAUCGUGUAAUUUAAGGAACCGCGCGGAUCCCUGCUCGGACUCAGCGGAUCGAAGGAUUAAUUUAACGUCGGAAGCCUUGAAUUUCUCAGUCGAGACGGUUGUCGAGUAACGUUGACGAUUAUACGUUUCUUUAGUUGCGUAACGCGCGAGAUCACGCGAGAUCGCUUUUUGCUAAAGUCAAACGUAUCGUCGUCGUCGAGGAAAAUACUCCCGACCGAGACACCGUUCCCGUUUUCUUGUUCCAACGGAAACGCUCUGUCUUACGAGUAGAGAAAUUAUUCGGAGCGUUUCCGCCCCGUCUCGUCGAAAUGUUGCCCGCGUUCCUGGACUCGGAAGAAACCGGGGCGCAACCGAACCUGUAGAUAUUUAACACGCAGUAUUUGUAUAUAGAGAAUACAUCCCGUUUUCGUUACGAUUUUUCCAAUCUGAGACUUCCUUUAAACUAUAUGUAGGUAAAGAAUUGUUUCGGUGCCCGAGUCGCGUCAACGUGAUGUAAACGA